AUGGCGGUGCAGACGAAGUCAAACAUUGACAUAAUGCGAUUGCCUGUUAAUUCUGAGGAGCAUACAUUCGGUGACUGGGAGCUGAAAUUUAAACAAAGUCAUAUAUUGCAUUCCAAGUGUUACCAGAGUGAUGUUUGCGGUCCCAGCGAUCCAUGUUUUUUUUGUCUUUACAACAGGGAACUACAACUUCCACACAUGCCAGAUAUGGUGUUUCCUCAAAACAGUUUGGUGUUAAGACACAAAACUGGUUGUGGUAUACAAUUCAACGCACUGGAAGCUUUGAAAAGAGUUUGCAAUGGGAAACAGAACUUGAAAGUAGCCUGUGCUGAUGAAUGGCUUGAAUCAAGACAGGAUAUGGGACCUUUGGAACAAGUGAAUCCUUUUGACUGGACUUUCACCACUGAUUACAGAGGUACAAUCCUGGGCGACAUGAAGGUUGAAGCAACAGAAUUGAAGUUGGAUCUGAACAAGUUACGUCAAAAAGAAAAAAUUCUUUUUUAUCAUGAUCUUACAUUGUAUGAAGAUGAACUCCAUGAUAAUGGAACUGCAGUUUGCUCUGUCAAAAUUCGUGUGAUGCCUAACAGUUUCUUUAUCCUUUUACGCUUUUUCCUACGUGUGGACAAUGUAAAAAUUAGAAUAAAUGAUACACGCAUUUAUCAUGAAUUUGACUUGAACUACUUGUUACGUGAAUAUUCAUCACGAGAGGCUAAUGUAGGCGAUUUAAAAGUUCCUCAUUCAGUUCUGGUUGACCCCAAUGAAGUAACUCAAUUUUUACCUAUUGUGAAAAUUGUGAAUGAAAAACUUAUUUUUCCUUCACCUGGUAAUGAUGAUUCUGGAAAAUCUGGAAGUUAA